AUGGUGCCGGCACAGACCUUACUUCAACCACUUCAGCAGCAGUUAAUUGUCGACCCUAAUGGUGCCGCAGCCGCUCAACAACCAACUACCUUUGCGUUUCAAGCAAGUGAUGGUAGUCUUAUCCCGGUGCAACUUGCUGCUUCUCCCAACGGUGGACCGCUUAUAAUGCUUAUGCCUGCCGCUACCACGGGCCAGGCUCAGCAGCCCAUUUACACCACCCAGGCUAUUACGACGGGCGCCACUGCGGCAACAGCAACCAUUGACGCUUCCGGCCAAGCAACAGUUCUUAGCUCUACAGUGGACGAUGAGAACAAUCAGGCUGCCUUGCAGCAACAACAGAAUCAGCAGCCUGGAGGUCAGGUGCAACUGGUUCAUCAGCAGGCCGUGACGGCAACCCAAGCUACAAAUCAACUGAUGCAACAGACCGCUACUCAACAGAGUGCUGCUGCUGCGUUAAGCGGUGCUUCAAUGGCUGGUGUUGGUGCUGAGGAGCCCCUAUAUGUAAAUGCGAAGCAGUACAACCGAAUCCUUAAGCGGAGACAAGCUCGUGGUAAACUCGAGGCUCAGGGUCGGAUACCGAAGGAACGCAGGAAGUACCUGCACGAAUCUCGCCAUCAACACGCAAUAAAGCGGGUUCGUAAUGCCGGCGGUCGGUUCUAUUCUGCACCGACAACUAGUAAGUAA